GCACCGAAAAUGCAUCAGUCAGAAUUUGGUAAACGCAGCUUAAAGACCAUUGGUCAAUUGUGGUCAAAAUGCUGAAGAUCGCUUUAAUUGUGUUUGUGGCUCUAUUCUGUACGGUUUUGUGCCAGCCCUUGGAUUUACAAGAAAAGACUGAUGAUGACUCAAACGCGGUGCAACAUCAUGUGAGUCGGAGGUUCGUGAACCCCAUGUUUGCGCUGGGAGGCAACGGAGACAGUUCUGUCACAAAGAUGAGGACUAAGAGACAAGCGGACGAGUGUGAAAAACUAGCGCUAUGUAAACUACACGCGAGAUCACAAAGGAACUUCUUUGCUGCCUUCCAACUAUACUUCGUCAACAAAGAGAAUGCCAAGCUAUGGGACCAUCAAUCAAGAUCCAUCGCCGACUGUAAUGAGCGAUUUGGGGAUUGUUAUGAAUAAAUCACCGGUAAUGCAAUACCAGUAAUGCUUUAAAGUACUUUAAUUCAAAAUAGCAACGCAUUAAACUGAAUUCAAUGGUUUAAAACUUUAAGUAACCGCUAUUAUGUAUAUAUAUAAAGACCAAACAUAUGCAAU